CUCACUCCUCCCUGAAACAGGAGCGCGCUUUUGCCUGGACAAACUUCAAGAUGGCAACUGGAGCAGACCACGGCUUGAAAAAAAUAGUAUGGCAAAGGAUCAGGGACACCAUCAUUGCAGACUGCAAAAAGUGGAACAUCCUCAUACUAGACGAUUUCACCACACGCCUACUGUCCUCGUGCUGCAAGAUGUCUGAUCUCAUGUCCGAGGGCAUCUCAGUUUUGGAGAACCUGUUCAAAAACAGAGAGCCGGUUCCAGAUAUGAAGGCCAUCUACUUCAUGGCUCCCACUGUUGAGUGUAUUGAUGCAUUUAUUAAUGACUUCAAACCCAAGCCCAAAUACAAAGCUGCGUAUGUCUUCUUCACGGACUACUGUCCUGAUGAGCUCUUCGACAAAAUGAAGAAGAACUGCGCCAAGCACAUUAAAAAGUGUAAAGAGAUCAACAUCUCCUUUCUGCCACAGGAAGCACAAGUGUUCACCUGCGAGAACCCAGAGGCCUUUAAGAAGAUCUACAGUGGGUUCAGUCAGGACAGAGAGAAGACGCUGGAUAAAAUUGCAGAUCAGAUUGUAACUCUCUGUGCUACGCUGGACGAGUAUCCUGGAGUCCGAUACAAAAGAGAAUCGACUCCUGGAUAUGGAAAGAUGUUGGCUGAACUUGUUGAUAAUAAACUGGCCCGGCAUUAUGAGUUGGAUGAAAUUACGACAAAAAAGGAAAAAACACCGGCGCAGCUGCUGAUUGUUGACCGUGCAAUGGACCCUGUUAGUCCCAUUCUUCACGAGCUCACUUACCAAGCCAUGGCUUAUGACCUCAUACCUAUAAAUAACAACAUCUACGAGUAUAAAAUGAAGGAUGGCUCCAAGAAAGAAGCUUUACUAAACGAAGAUGAUGAAUUAUGGGUCAAACUGCGGCACAGGCACAUUGCUGAGGUCACUGAGCAAAUCCCCAAACUGGUGAAGGACAUCUCUGCCAGCAGAGACGAGAAACAACAGGGUGAUGGGAAGAUCACAAUCGGAGCCCUUUCACAGCUCAUGAAGAAGAUGCCAGCUUUCCGCAAGCAAGUGACACAGAAAACCGUGCACCUACAUUUAGCCGAGGAUCUGAUGGGCCAUUACCAGAAGAACGUGGAGAAACUCUGCAAAGCGGAGCAGGAUCUGGCUGUCGGUGCAGACGCUGAGGGACAGAAGGUUAAAGACCCCAUGCGGACGCUGCUUCCUGUGCUUUUACACCAGCACGACACCACCGACAAGAUCCGCGCCGUCCUGCUCUACAUCUUCAGCCUCAAUGGUACGACAACGGAGAAUCUGAAUAAACUGAUUCAGAAUGUGAAAAUCGAGGAUAAGGACGGCUACAUCCAGAACUGGAACCAGCUGGGAGUCCCCAUCCUCUCCUCGUCAAACAGUUCUCGUAAAGUAGCUCGGAGAGACCGCUCGGAACAGGAGACGUAUAAUGUCUCUCGCUGGACACCCGUCAUUAAAGACAUAAUGGAGGACGCAGUGGAAAAUAAACUGGAUAUCAAAGACUGGCCGUUUCAGUCUGAAUGUCCGUCUGCGUGGAACGGCUCUCGGGCUGUAAGAGUGCUGAGUGCACGGCAGAAGCACAAGGGCAGCUCUCCAGGGGACAUGAAGAACGGCUCGCGCCUCAUCAUCUUCGUUCUGGGUGGAGUCAGCUACUCUGAGAUGCGCUGCGCUUAUGAAGUCACCAACACUAAUAAAUCCUGUGAGGUCAUCAUCGGCUCGACACACAUCCUCACUCCUCGCAGUCUCCUGGAGGACAUUUAUAACCUGGGGAAAAAACCCAUGGACACUUUGACCAUCGAGGAGGGCAAAGUCUGAGCUCGUCCCGCCGCAAUCCAUCCCCCAGGACUGAAGGGAACAGAUCUGCAUUUACACCACACUAUUCAUUCAUUCAAUGUAUAAAACAAACAGUGAUCCACAGUCUGAAGGGAUCACACGCCUAAAUAUGCUGCAUUCAGGUUAUAUACGGUAUAUUCAUCAUGAUAUUAAGUGUUACACAACUAACUCCACUGAAGUGUGUUGAAGUAGAGCUCAAUAAAGCAUCUGUUAAAGCAGGGGUGUCCUGGAGGGCCGGUGUCCUGCUCAUCUUAGCUCCGACUUGCUUCAACACACCUGCCUGCAAGUUUCUAGUAUACCUAGUAAGAGCUUGAUCAGCUUGUUCAGGUGUGUUUGAUUAAGGUUGGAGCUAAACUCUACAGGACACCGGCCCUCCAGGAUCGAGUGUAGACACUCCUGUGUUAAAGGGAUAGUUCACGCAAAAAUGUAAGUCGGUCGUCAUUAACUCUCUCUACACUUGUUCAAGACCUGCGUGAGCUUUUUUCUCCUGUUAUACACAUAGGAAGAUAUUAGAAACAGCCACUGACUACCACUGUAUUUUUUAUGGAUGUCAACAUUCUUCAAAAUAUCUUCUUUUGUGUUCAACGGAAACAGACAUGGUGUGGAAGUGUUCACUUUUGAGUGACUGUCUCUUUAAUUUACAACAGGUUUACAUACUUGGUUUGUUUGGUAACAGUAAAAGCACAUUAAUAAAGACUACAGAGGCCUUACAAACUGCUGCCGAUGCUUGCACUGGAUUUCCUGUAACACCUUUUGUAUUUAUCUCUCACACACUAACUGUAGUUACUUGCAAAAAUCCUCUGACUGUUAUUGAACAGAUGUUUUAAAGUUUGCCUUUGUGUUCUUGAAUCGGGUCUAUUUGUACAUAAACAGUGUGGUCUGCUUGCUGUUGUGCUGCUGUGUGUGCUUCAAAAUAAAGAAAGGAGGGAUUUGUUAGAUACGCUUGCUGAUAUUGGACAACUGACAUGACGUGAAUGACGUGGUUCAAUUCUCCUGUCUUGUUUUUUUUUGUAAUGUUUCGAUCAUGUUUGUCAUGUGGUCUGGCUAAUUUCAUCUGUACUUUAACUGUACUACAUUAAAAUGUGUCGUCUCAA